AAUAGAUCAACUGCCGAUCAUUGUGUGAAUAAUUUUAUUGAUUAUAAUUUAAUUUAAUUACUGGCCAAAUUGAUUAUCAACUAUAUCAAUUCUCGGUAAACUCAACGUGUUAAAGUGUUGGUAAACAUACUUCUUUAUCUACGGGGCAAAAGUGGCGGGUAUCUGCAUCAAUAAUUUUGAGCGUCCUGUGUAUUUAUACUCGUUGUUGUCCAACUGUCAUAACCGCCUCGGGCAUUUUUUGGACAUGGAUAAUGAUUAUUACUCCACCGUAUAUACAUGGUUUGAGAAGUGCGGGAUCAUAUCCAACAUCAGGACGCAUCUGCGACAGAACUUGGUGAAUGCUUUAAAGCGUAAGGAUCUAAGGCUGUGUAAAAGUAGAGAAGCGAGAUCUGCCAAACAGUAUGUUUAUGAUAUGUUAAUAGCUGAGUAUCUGUUUAGUCACAAUUACUCCUUCACCUUGUCGAUAUUUGCUAGCGAAGUUCCGCUUUUAGUAAAUUUUUGCAACAGUGUGCCACAGUCCUCUGACAGUGCUGACAGAGGCAGUAGUAGUAGACACAGUAAGUUGCAAAGUGAUUAUAUAGCACAUACACUGGAAACGCUAGGCAUCGAUCCCAACAGGCCUGAGGGCCAGUACAUUAUAUCGAAUUAUAUGAACAGUGAAGCACCGUUAUUGUUAUCCAUUCUGAGUUCGAUAGCCUCACUCAUUGCCAAUGCUCAGUCUCAGUCAACAACUGGAAAAUCCAUGUAUGACAAGGAAACGCAAACUAAUUUAAUCUUGGAAGCAAAUCUUGCAGAUGUUGCAAGAAUACGAGCAAAGAGAAAAAAGAUUAUACAACAAAAACAAUUGUACGAUGAUGAAUUAAAGGCAAAAGAAAGCAAGUUGAAGCAGCAAGCCUUUGUUAUAAAGCAUCAGCUCAGUUCAUUGAACACAAAAGUAGAACAAGCUCAGAAUUUAAUGCAAUCCCUGACACUGAAAGAAAAACAAUUGAAGGAAAAAAAAGAUAGUAAUGAGCAAUGUAUCUUGCAGAAGGAAAUGGAACUAUCUAUGAAACAAAAUAUCUUAACACAAGAAGCUAGCAGAUUACAAAAGGAGCGAGAUAGUUAUCGAAAGUUCGAAGGAGGCUUGAAGAAACUACAACGAGAGCUCAUUAAAAUGCAAAAAGAAAUGUCACAACGUAUGUCGAACAAAUGCGCUCAGAACAAUCUUAAGAACAUACAUGUACAAACUGAUAUAGAAGAUCACAUGAUAAUGGAUGAGUGCAAAACUCUACAGAAAGAAAAGCUGGAGCUGACAAAUCUUGUGGAAGAGCAACGUUCGAGGAUAGAACGGAUUACGCAACAUAGCGCGCUGUUAUCACGCCAACUAGAAGAAGUGCGUUUGUUGCAAGCAAUUGAAAUGCCGGUUGUUAACACAAACGCAAUCAUCAGUGAAAGUAGUUCUACAGAUGAUAUUCUUCAAGAUGCCAAAAUGCGAUUGAAGAGGCUGGAAGAGGAGAGCUCUAAAGCCGAUCAGUAUUUCUGCAAUUUCGUCAGUACCUCUUCGUAGCGAAUAAGAUAUUUCAAAAUAUUAUUUAUCAAUAUAUUUAUUAUCGUUAUUGCACAUAUAAUUAUUGAUCUUGCAAAUUACAUUCCGUACAUAUCGCUCGCGAAGAUUGUGAUUUCUUUUACUCUUGGAGAAAGACUGAAUUAAAACACAUACAAAAAAA